AAUGCUAUAGAUAUAGGGUUGAAAAUGUGUCAGUACAUGUGGCUGUAUAAUUACGAUAGAUUUGGCCUUGAAUCGAGUCAGUUCGCCGGUUGCUGUAAUCGACUGAGGAGCUUCUACGUAACGGUCAAACAUGCAGACAGAAAAUCUGACAGAGUACAUCCUGGUUGAGUACCGAUGGAUUAUCGUGCUCACAUGCCUAUUGCCCAUGUCCUUCGCGUGGAAGCUGUGGUCAACUUUCAGAAACUAUGUGGUAUUCAAGUUGAACAGCGCUCCGAAAAUGCAUGAUCGGAAGGUGCAGGAUGUGCAGAGGCAGGUGAAGUCGUGGCUAAACGGCGACCACAGCACACGUCUGUGCACGGCUCGACCCACCUGGCAAACAAUGUCUUUCCGCCACAGUCUUUACAAGAAGACCUUCACUAAAAUUCACGUUAAUCUCGUGGAUGUACUCGAAGUCGAUACUAAGAAUAUGACAGUUCGCUGUGAGCCGUUAGUAACAAUGGGUCAACUGUCUAGAACCCUGAAACCUCUCGGCCUAGCAUUGGCAGUGGUGCCAGAAUUAGAUCAACUGACUGUUGGAGGGAUGGUCAUGGGCACCGGCAUAGAGACGUCUUCGCAUAUUUAUGGAUUAUUCCAGCAUAUCUGUUUACAGUACGAGCUUGUAUUGGCUGAUGGAUCUGUUGUCACUUGCAGUAAGGAUAACAAUCCUGAUUUGUUCUACGCUGUGCCUUGGUCUUAUGGCACUCUUGGAUUUCUUACUUCGGUUGUCAUCAAAGUUGUUCCUGCGAAAAAGUACGUGCGUCUAGAAUACCACUCCUACACGAAAUUAUCGGAACUAGCAACGAGGUUCAGCCAGGAGUCGUUGAAAAAGGGUCCUCAUCAAUUCGUCGAAGCUUUGGUAUACUCUAAGGAUACUGGUGUUGUGAUGCUAGGCGACAUGGUUGAUAAAAUCGGGAAAGAUGGAAAGUUCAACCCGAUAGGAAAGUGGUACUCGCGAUGGUUCUUCACCCAAGUGCAGGACUAUCUGAAGAGAUAUCAGAAAGGAGUGAGAGAGACCGCCGUAGAGUACAUUCCUUUGAGAGAUUAUUACCAUAGACACACUAGGAGUCUUUUCUGGGAAUUACAGGAUAUUAUCUCUUUCGGAAAUAAUCCAAUCUUCCGCUUCCUAUUUGGCUGGCUAAUGCCUCCAGAAGUGUCUCUAUUGAAACUGACACAACCUGACGCUGUGGCGAAAUUAUAUGAGCGCGCUCACGUCAUACAGGAUAUGCUUGUGCCCAUAGAUCGGUUGGAGAAGGCUAUUGGAGAGUUCCAUAAAGAAUUCCAGGUGUACCCAAUAUGGCUUUGCCCGUUCAAGCUGUUCAACGAACCAGGCUUGCUGAAAGUUCGCUCUGGUGACUGGCAGAUGUACGUCGAUAUUGGCGUGUACGGAGUACCUAAGGCUAAAGGAUUUGAGACUAUACCUUCAACCCGUCGCAUCGAGAAGUUCGUGACUGCCAACCAAGGGUUCCAAAUGUUAUACGCAGACACUUACACGACUCGUGAUGAGUUCCGGCAAAUGUUCGACCAUACACUGUAUGACAAAGUGAGAGACAGACUGCCAUAUUGCAAGGAGGCUUUCCCAGAGAUUUAUGGAAAGGUUAAUAGAAGUGUUAGAAAAUGA